GACGGUCGUUAAUGUGUUACACGCUGGUGCCAAACAUCUCCCCUGGUGGCAACUCAUCGGUGUAUAGUAUAUCUGGACGUAGGCGUCUAGCUUUGCCCACUCAAUCGGAUUUACAGUCUCUCUUUCAGUUCGCUCGCUCGCGGUUUCGAUUGAAAAGACCUUCAUGCGACACUCGCCGACGUUCGCGUUGAUAUUUAAUUGAAUGAAUUUCAUAAACUCCGCUUAGUUACGUCGGACUCGUGGAACAGUGUACAAGUGAUCUCUACUCGGAAUUGUCGGACUCGCGCAUCUAGUUAAGUGUACUGAGCUGAGUUGUAAAAAAAGCUACUCUCCUGGCGGAUUACCUCAUCGGUGUCUGAGAAAAAACGUGGGAUAAAAAGUUGCAGAAAAUAGCUGCUAUUAGAAAUUGUCAAGUGCCAUUCUGGAAGAAGUGAAGAGUAACGUGCCCUAACGGUAGCUCGUGCACAAGUGUAAAUAGUUUAAUAGUUAGAAAGCUUUAAAAUUGAUUCAAUUAUAUUUAUAUCAUAGAAUCAGUAACAAUGGGGUUGAAUAAGCGUGAUAAACAAGCUAAAGUGAAGAGUCAGAGUUUAAUUGAUUCGGAAAAAUCAUCGAGCCAUGUUGCGGACACAGUUGCGACUUCGGAUGUUCAGCAACACAGUUCUUCAAUGUAUUCAAGUAGCAUAACUAGUGGCAGCCAAAUGCAGUCUGCGGCUACAAGCUCAUCUAAAAAAACUGUGGUGGAAACAAUAGUGGAUAGUGGUCAGAAAAAGUCACAGAAAUCCAGUGAAAUGCAGAUGGAUAAUAGUUCUACCGCGGAAAAAAUAUUCCACAAGGCCGGUAAGACCAGUGAUUCGAUACAUAAAACCGGAGUUGAAUCACAGCAAAUCGAAAAUAUAAUUCAAGAAAUUAAAUACAUUGCCAGUGAUACGGUUGACUCAACAAAACGAAUUUCAACAGUUCAGCAGAAUAGUGACAGUACCAAAAGCGACAAGGAGCUCCGCGAGGCCUUGACCAAUUUUGAUGCAGUCGCUAAAGCGGCUUCAUCAGACAUUCAAGAUUCCAUAAAAAGCAAAACAAGUAGUGAGAUCGCGACCGUUUCGUAUGAGUCAAGUGUUCAACAAAACAUGAAAAGUAAAAAAUCGGAACAGAGCAAUGUCACAAGGUCCAGCACAAGCAGCAGUGCCAUAAAGCAGUUAUCGAACUCAGAACUGAUGGAUAGUGAUAAAAUGUGUAGUGAAUCUAGUUCAUCCCAUGCACAACAUUCCAGCCAUACCGUUAAAUCUAGUAAAACAGUUUCAUCUCAGUCAUCGUCGUCGAAGACCAUGUUCGAUUCUUCCACAUUCCAUAGUGAUAAAUCAGAUGCCAACAUUUUGAGGCAUGAUAUGCAACGAAAAGACCUUUCAAACAUCAAACAACAUGAUCACUGGCCGGAAGCAAAAAAUCAUUCCGUUCAUCAGUCCAGCGUACACCAUAGUGACACUUCCGGCGAGAAAGGACAACAUUUCUUCGAUAGCCAGAGUUACUCUCUUUCGGAGAAAAUUGCUCCGACAACCGAAGUAAUUUACGAUUCCGCUGGAAACAAAGUCAUCAGCACUAAAUCCUCCUCCAAAUCGGCCCAGGGAUUCACAACGUCAUCGAUGCAUUCCAGUGGAGGAGGCGGAGGUGGUGAAACGAUGAGCUCAUCGGUACAGCGAGUGGCUCAGGACAAGAACCUUCUACAUGACGUGAGCUCAACAUCUUACGUAGCAUCUUCUUCUUCUUCGAUGGAAAACAAAAGCUCCAGCUCCACGAAUACUGUCAGCAACACAGCAAUUAAGAAUGCAAUAAUCGACUCAACUACGUUGGAAAACUAUAAACUUCAGCAGUCGGCAUCACAAGCCAACGCCCUAACGAAGGAUGUGUCCGCACAUACCAUCGCUAGUAUCUCAUCGGCGCAUGACUCCCUAGCGAAUACGAUUCAAAGCACACAGCUAAUCACUGAAUCAAAUGAAGAUGCAUCUGCGAGAGGUCAGCGAGCCGAAACGACGAAAUCUUACGAAAGCUCGACGCAUUUUUCACAGAUGGACGAGAGCGCCAAAAGCCGUAAACACGUGACGGACUACUACGAGCAACGUGAGUCCAAUGCGUCGAUUCUGAAACGCAAAAUUUACGACGAAAAGGUGAAGCGGCUCAACCUGAUUGACGAGAAGGUCAUACCUAGAGACGUGAUUAUACAGGAUAUUGAGGAUGACGUAACGAAUGUCACGAAAACAUCCUUCGAAGCGAAGCUGUACAAUCCCAAAUCGAAACGAUGGGAGUUGGUCGAUCAGAAAACAAUCUUGGAACGUGACAUCACUGUUGCUAUUCCGGAUGAGAUCGUACACGAACUGGAAGUAGAACGUCCCGAGUUGGCAAAUAUUACAACGACGAUACAGCUAACAAAGGUUUACGAUGCUAACAGCAAACAAUGGAAGACCAUAGAUCAGAAAAAGCACACAGAUGUGCUGGAAAAAAUCAGUUUCCUUGAAGAAAGCCGCGGACGAACCGAGCUAGACGAGUCAGAAAGAGUUAAAAAGCUCCAGUCUAUCGAUACAGUCGACAAAGUCGUUAUCAGAGAAAGCACUGAAUUGGAUGAACUAAAGUCUGCAAAAAAUCGCAAACAAACGGAAAAAAUUAUUCAAGAACAGUGCAUCUGUGAGAUCUGCACCUGUGGUCGUCACAAUUGCUUCAACUGUGGUAGCGGAAGUCAGAAAACCUCCACCACAAAGUUAAUAACAUCGAGUAAUGUGGAUAAUUUUUAUCACCAAGAAACUUCGGAAUUGAAUGAGCAAAGCACUUUUUCACGCCGUCGGACUUGGACAAAAGAAGAUGCUGAUGCAUAUUUGAACCGCGUUGAAACGAGCGGCGUUGAAAGGAGUAGCACAGAACAGACUGUAACUAAUCGACGGCUGACGUGGACAAAGGAGGACUUUGACAAAAUAGAUAUCAGCAAACUUAAGGAAACUGCUUCUGUAACUGAAAGGUCCAAACCAAUUCGCCACGAAGAUAAUCUCCGACCCGAAGGGGACUUUUAUCGGCAAGAAAAGCCACAGUACCAACCUGGUGAAAGGCAGAAACCGGUUCGUCAUGACGAUAAUCUUCGUCCUGAGGGAGAUUUCGAACGUCCCGAGAAAACACCUUUCCGACCUGCGGAAAGGCCGAAGCAGAUCCGUCCUGAAGAUAACCUGAGACCGGAGGGAUCGUUUGAGUCUCCGGAAAAACCAAAAUACCAACCUGGUGAAAGACCGAAACCCGUUCGUCACGAUGAUAACCUACGCCCUGAAGGUGAUUUUGAACGCCCGGAAAAGUCACCUUUCCGACCUGCGGAAAGGCCGAAGCAAAUACGACCUGAAGAUAAUUUGAGACCGGAAGGAUCUUUUGAAUCUCCAGAAAAAACCAAAUAUCAACCUGGUGAGAGACAGAAACCCAUUCGUCAUGACGAUAAUCUGCGUCCUGAAGGAGAUUUCGAGCGCCCAGAAAAGUCACCUUUCCGACCUGCAGAAAGACCGAAGCAGAUUCGUCCUGAGGAUAAUUUGAGACCAGAAGGUUUAUUUGAGUCUCCGGAAAAACCAAAAUACCAACCUGGUGAGAGACAAAAACCCGUACGUCAUGAUGACAACCUACGUCCUGAAGGAGAUUUCGAACGCCCCGAGAAGACGCCCUUCCGACCUGCGGAAAGACCGAAGCAGAUUCGUCCUGAAGACAACUUGAGACCAGAAGGAUUAUUCGAGUCUCCAGAAAAGCCGAAAUAUCAACCGGGUGAAAGGCCGAAACCCGUUCGUCAUGAUGAUAAUCUCCGUCCCGAAGGUGAUUUUGAACGUCCCGAAAAGUCACCUUUCAGACCUGCGGAACGGCCGAAGCAGAUACGUCCUGAAGAUAAUUUGAGGCCAGAAGGAUUAUUUGAAUCUCCAGAAAAACCGAGAUAUCAACCUAGUGAGAGACAGAAACCUAUUCGUCAUGACGAUAAUCUCCGUCCUGAAGGAGAUUUCGAACGUCCUGAGAAGACGCCUUUCCGACCUGCAGAAAGACCGAAGCAGAUACGACCUGAGGACAAUUUGAGACCGGAAGGACCAUUUGAGUCACCGGAUAAACCUAAAUAUCAACCUGGUGAAAGACCGAAACCCGUUCGUCAUGAUGAUAAUCUUCGUCCUGAAGGAGAUUUUGAACGUCCCGAAAAGUCACCAUUCCGACCUGCGGAAAGGCCGAAGCAGAUCCGUCCUGAAGAUAAUUUAAGGCCAGAAGGAUUAUUUGAGUCUCCAGAUAAGCCGAAAUAUCAACCAGGUGAGAGACAGAAACCUAUUCGUCAUGACGAUAACCUUCGUCCUGAAGGAGAUUUCGAACGUCCUGAGAAAACACCCUUCCGACCUGCGGAAAGGCCGAAGCAGAUUCGUCCCGAAGAUAAUUUAAGACCGGAAGGAUUAUUUGAGUCUCCAGAAAAACCAAAAUAUCAACCAGGCGAAAGACCGAAGCCUGUACGCCAUGAUGACAAUCUUCGUCCAGAAGGUAAUUUUGAACGUCCCGAAAAGUCACCAUUCCGACCUGCGGAACGGCCGAAGCAAAUCCGUCCUGAGGAUAAUUUGAGACCAGAAGGAUCGUUUGAUUCUCCAGAAAAACCUAAAUAUCAACCUGGUGAGAGACAAAAACCUAUUCGUCACGACGAUAAUCUUCGUCCUGAAGGAGAUUUCGAACGUCCUGAGAAGACACCUUUCCGACCUGCAGAAAGACCAAAACAGGUUCGUCCUGAGGAUAACUUAAGACCAGAAGGAAUGUUUGAGUCUCCAGAAAAACCAAAAUAUCAACCAGGCGAAAGACCAAAGCCCGUUCGCCAUGAUGACAAUCUUCGUCCAGAAGGUGAUUUUGAACGACCCGAAAAGUCACCAUUCCAGCCUGCGGAACGGCCGAAGCAAAUCCGUCCUGAGGACAAUUUGAGACCAGAAGGAUCGUUUGAGACUCCAGAAAAACCAAAAUAUCAACCUGGUGAGAGACAAAAACCUAUUCGUCACGACGAUAAUCUUCGUCCUGAAGGAGAUUUCGAACGUCCUGAAAAGAUGCCUUUCCGACCUGCAGAGAGACCAAAACAAGUUCGUCCGGAGGAUAACCUGAGACCAGAAGGAACGUUUGAGUCACCAGAAAAACCUAAAUAUCAGCCUGGUGAAAGACAGAAACCUAUUCGUCAUGAUGAUAAUCUUUAUCCAGAAGGUGAUUUUGAACGUCCCGAAAAGUCACCAUUCCGACCUGCAGAACGGCCGAAGCAAAUCCGUCCUGAGGACAAUUUGAGACCAGAAGGAUCGUUUGAUUCUCCAGAAAAACCUAAAUAUCAACCCGGUGAGAGACAGAAACCCAUUCGUCAUGAUGAUAAUCUCCGUCCUGAAGGUGAUUUCGAACGUCCUGAGAAGAUGCCUUUCCGACCUGCAGAAAGACCAAAACAGAUUCGUCCGGAGGAUAACCUGAGACCGGAAGGAAUGUUUGAGUCACCAGAAAAACCGAAAUACCAACCUGGUGAAAGACAGAAACCUAUUCGUCAUGAUGAUAAUCUUCGUCCCGAAGGCGAUUUUGAACGUCCUGAAAAGAUGCCUUUCCGACCUGCAGAGAGACCAAAACAAGUUCGUCCGGAGGAUAACCUGAGACCGGAAGGAACGUUUGAGUCACCAGAAAAACCUAAAUAUCAGCCUGGUGAAAGACAGAAACCUAUUCGUCAUGAUGAUAAUCUUUAUCCAGAAGGUGAUUUUGAACGUCCCGAAAAGUCACCAUUCCGACCUGCAGAACGGCCGAAGCAAAUCCGUCCUGAGGACAAUUUGAGACCAGAAGGAUCGUUUGAUUCUCCAGAAAAACCUAAAUAUCAACCCGGUGAGAGACAGAAACCCAUUCGUCAUGAUGAUAAUCUCCGUCCUGAAGGUGAUUUCGAACGUCCUGAGAAGAUGCCUUUCCGACCUGCAGAAAGACCAAAACAGAUUCGUCCGGAGGAUAACCUGAGACCGGAAGGAAUGUUUGAGUCACCAGAAAAACCGAAAUACCAACCUGGUGAAAGACAGAAACCUAUUCGUCAUGAUGAUAAUCUUCGUCCCGAAGGCGAUUUCGAACGUCCUGAAAAGAUGCCUUUCCGACCUGCAGAGAGACCAAAACAAGUUCGUCCGGAGGAUAACCUGAGACCGGAAGGAACGUUUGAGUCACCAGAAAAACCUAAAUAUCAGCCUGGUGAAAGACAGAAACCUAUUCGUCAUGAUGAUAAUCUUUAUCCAGAAGGUGAUUUUGAACGUCCCGAAAAGUCACCAUUCCGACCUGCAGAACGGCCGAAGCAAAUCCGUCCUGAGGACAAUUUGAGACCAGAAGGAUCGUUUGAGUCUCCAGAAAAACCUAAAUAUCAACCCGGUGAGAGACAGAAACCCAUUCGUCAUGAUGAUAAUCUCCGUCCUGAAGGUGAUUUCGAACGUCCUGAGAAGAUGCCUUUCCGACCUGCAGAAAGACCAAAACAGAUUCGUCCGGAGGAUAACCUGAGGCCGGAAGGAAUGUUUGAGUCACCAGAAAAACCGAAAUACCAACCUGGUGAAAGACAGAAACCUAUUCGUCAUGAUGAUAAUCUUCGUCCUGAAGGUGAUUUCGAACGUCCUGAGAAGAUGCCUUUCCGACCUGCAGAGAGACCAAAACAAGUUCGUCCUGAGGAUAACCUGAGACCGGAAGGAUCGUUUGAAUCUCCACAAAAACCUAAAUAUCAACCUGGUGAAAGACAGAAACCUAUUCGUCAUGAUGAUAAUCUUCGUCCCGAAGGCGAUUUCGAACGUCCUGAAAAGAUGCCUUUCCGACCUGCAGAGAGACCAAAACAAGUUCGUCCGGAGGAUAACCUGAGACCGGAAGGAUCGUUUGAGUCACCAGAAAAACCUAAAUAUCAACCUGGUGAAAGACAGAAACCUAUUCGUCAUGAUGAUAAUCUUUAUCCAGAAGGAGACUUUGAACGUCCCGAAAAGUCACCAUUCCGACCUGCGGAAAGACCGAAGCAAAUCCGUCCUGAGGACAAUUUGAGACCAGAAGGAUCGUUUGAGUCUCCAGAAAAACCUAAAUAUCAACCCGGUGAAAGACAGAAGCCCAUUCGUCAUGAUGAUAAUCUCCGUCCCGAAGGUGAUUUCGAACGUCCUGAGAAAAUGCCUUUCCGACCUGCAGAAAGACCGAAACAGAUUCGACCUGACGAUAACUUGAGACCGGAAGGAUCGUUCGAGACUCCUGAAAAACCAAAAUAUCAACCUGGUGAAAGACAGAAACCCAUUCGUCAUGAUGAUAAUCUCCGUCCUGAAGGAGGCUUCGAGCGGCCGGAGAAGAUGCCUUUCCGAUCUGCAGAAAGACCCAAGCAGGUUCGUCCAGAGGACAACUUGAAACCAGAAGGAGAUUUCGAACGCCCUUCACCUGCACAGUUCAUUAAAGCAGAAAGAGUUCAAAUCGUUAAACAUGAAGAUAAUCUUCAUCUGGAAGGUUCAUUUGAGAGAACUGACAAAACCGUUUUCACCGCUGUUGAUCGUCCGACACCUUUCCUACCAAAUGAUAAUUUGAGGCCAGAAGGUGAUUUUAUAACUCAUGACAAACCACAAUACAGCCCAGCAGAAAGACCUAAACCAAUUAGACCUCAGGAUAAUUUGAAACCAGAAGGUGAAUUUGAUAGACCACAACCCGUUGUUUUCGGAAAAGUAGAAAGAUCACAAAUCAUACGGCAUGAAGAUAACCUACAUUUGGAAGGCAACUUUGAGCGUGUUGAAAAAACUGAGUUUGUUGCCGGUGUACGGCCUAAACCAAUUCGACCAGAGGACAAUUUGAAACCAGAAGGUUCGUUCGAAACACCUGAGAAACCGAAAUAUCAACCCGGCGAAAGACAGAAACCUAUUCGUCAUGGUGAUAACCUGCGUCCUGAAGGUGAUUUUCAGCGACCAGAGAAAACUCAAUAUCAGCCUGCCGAGCGACCUAAGCAGGUUCGUCCUGAGGAUAAUUUGAGGCCUGAAGGAACUUUUGAGACUCCUGAGAAACCUGAGUAUAGAUCAGCUGAGAGGCCAAAACAAAUUCGACCGCAGGACAAUUUGCAUCCAGAGGGCGAAUUUGAAAGACCCCAGCAUGUACCAGUUGGCAAGGUGGAAAGAUCCAAAAUAGUUCGUCAUGAAGACAAUUUGCAUUUGGAAGGAACAUUUGAACGUACAGAAAAAACAGUAUACAUCGCGGCUGAACGUCCAAAGCCAAUUAAACCGGACGAUAACUUAAGACCCGAAGGUGAUUUCGAUCGUCCUGAGAAAAAACCUUAUUUGUCAACGGACAGACCCAAACAAGUCAAACCUGAGGAUAAUUUGAAAACGGAGGGUAUAAUGGAAGUGCCAGAAAAACCUAAAUUUCAACCAGGUGAAAGGCCACAGCCUAUUCGUCAUGACGAUAAUCUUCGUCCUGAGGGUAGCUUUUUACGUCCGGAGAAGUCUGAAUUUAUUCCAGCUGAACGUCCUAGGCAGAUCAAACCUGAAGACAAUUUAAAACCAGAAGGCAAAUUCGAAACUCCUGAAAAACCUCUGUACCAGACUACUGAAAGGCCGAAACAGGUACGGCCAGUAGAUAAUUUACGGCCCGAGGGAGACUUCGAAAGGCCUCAAAUUAUGACUGUUGGUAAAGCUGAGAGAUCGGAAAUUGUUAGACAUACAGACAACCUGCAUCUGGAAGGUACAUUUGAACGAACGGUGAAAACAGCGUACAUUCCAGGUGAAAGACCGAAACCGAUUAAGCCAGAUGACAAUUUAAGACCGGAAGGAUCGUUUGAAACUCCGGAAAAACCAAAAUAUCAACCAGGUGAGCGACAAAAACCUGUUCGUCAUGACGAUAACUUGCGCCCCGAAGGCAGCUUUGUCCGUCCGGAAAAGUCUCCUUUCCAACCGGCAGAACGGCCAAAACAAAUUCGGCCGGAGGAUAAUUUGAAACCAGAAGGAUUAUUUGAAACACCUGAAAAACCUAAAUACCAACCUGGUGAACGGCAGAAACCAAUUCGACACGAUGAUAAUUUACAUCCUGAAGGUAGUUUCGAACGUCCCGAAAAAACACCUUUCCGGCCGUCUGAUCGUCCAAAACAGAUUCGGCCUGAAGAUAACUUGAAACCUGAGGGCUUAUUUGAGACACCUGAGAAACCAAAAUAUAAACCCGGUGAACGGCAGAAACCUAUUCGUCACGAUGAUAAUUUACAUCCGGAAGGAGACUUUGUUAGGCCUGAAAAAGCUGAAUUUAAGCCUGCAGAACGACCCAAGCAAGUCCGUCCAGAAGACAACCUCAAGACCGAAGGUACGUUUGCAACUCCGGAAAAACCAAAAUAUCAACCGGGUGAGAGACCAAAACCAAUUCGACCUGAUGAUAAUCUGAGACCAGAAGGUGACUUCGACAGGCCCCAAAAACCAUCAUUCAAACCAGGGGAACGUCCAGUUCAAAUACGACCAGAAGACAAUUUAAGACCUGAGGGAGAUUUCCAAACGCCAGAAAAGCCUAAAUACCAGCCAGGGGAAAGACAAAAACCUGUCAGACCUGGAGAUAAUUUGCGCCCGGAAGGCGAAUUUGAAAGACCACUGCGAAAACCAGAGUAUAAACCUGCGGAUCGUCCGAAACAAGUAAAACCUAAAGAUAAUCUGCACGUCGAAGGAGACUAUCAGUCAUUGAAAGAACAUAAGGAGCAAAAGUUACGUAAGGAAGCAGAAAUCAAGGAGGCACAUGAAACCGGAAUUCUGGAUGGUUCUGUUCUAGUUACGACACAAACAGUUACAACCAUCCUUAAAGGCGAUAAACCUAAAGCAGCCGGAAAGAAACUUACAACAACGGAGUCAGCAACUGAAAACACCCAAUCGCUUACCACUGAACAGCGUCAUCAACAAUCAAUGUCAUCAUCUUCAUCUUAUGUUCACGAUACGCAUCGUCAAAAUCAUGUCGGUCAUAGUAUAACAGAUUUGUCAACAGUACAAGACCAACAUAAAAUAACUGGUCAUGACCAACAUAAAAUAACCGGUCAUGAGAAGCUGGAACAUACCAGUACAACACUGAAACAAUCUGCUUCGGAAAAAUCGAUGUUUUCUUCGCAAAAGCAUUCCACCAGUACCACUAUGAAACAACUAGAUGAGCGACAAGAUAUGUCAUCGAUACAUCAGCAUAGCGGUAGCAAGAAAAUUUCCAAAUCUACACAUAAUAUUUCUUCUACUACUGGUGGCCAAAUUGUUCAAACAGGUGACAGACCAAUGUUAGUUUCACCUACAGAUCAAGGACCUCGUGUAACUUCUCAUGAGCAUCACACAGGAGUAAACAUUUCGACAGCUUCUAACCGAGUAAUAAUCGACGGACAGGUUGUUACUGACAAAACCAUAACGCAACAGCAGGGAACAGAACAGCUGAUUGAAAAUGGUACACUGAAAAUUGAUAAAUCAUUCAAAGAUAGACAACAUGCCGGAUUUGAUAACCGUUCUGCCUUGCACGACAAAACAAGCAGUUCUGUAUCCACAAUAAUUGAUAGUGAUCAGAACCGGCUGGAUAAAAUGGGUUCGAGAAAAAUACAAACCAGCAAUGUUACUCAAGAGUCGUCACGAAAUGCAAAUCAGCAUUCAAGUGAUUCAGAGAAGAAAACAUCUCAAGUUCAAGUGAGAAAACUUAUCGGUGGAAAAUGGGUUACAAAAACAGUAACAUCAGAAAACAUCAUCGAUAAGCAAGAUAACGCUAAUGUAACUUACAUAAAAGGCUCGAACAUGAAACAACAACAGCAUGCUACCUCAAAAACAUCGGUUUGUGAUGCCAGUGAUCACGCCACUACAAACGUGACAACUACUAGGAUAGUGGGAGGAAAAUUGAUUCACACCUCCCCCGAUGAAAAAACAGCCCGUUCGACUUCUUCAAAAACUCAUCUUAGAACUGGUUCCAAUAUAGUGCUGGGAGAUGAAGGAUUAUCACAACAUAGCUCAUCUAGUACCACAACAAAACUUAUUGGCGGAAAAAUGGUUCAAAUAUCAACACAAGAUGGUAGAAGUAACGUCGCUACAAUCAACGGAGAUCAUUCUAAAUCCAUGAAUAACAUCAUACAUUCCGAGACUAGUACUUCCAAGGAAUCCUCAAAAUCUCAAAGAGGUUCUAAUGUCCAACUUACAUCAAGCGAAUCAUCGCAAACAGCAUCCCAUUCUUCAGUGGUUAAACAUUCCAGCAGCGUGGCGGAUAAGCAGUUCAAUCGAAAGAGUGCAUUUGCAUCGUCCGAAAAUAUAAAUAAUUCAAUACUUUGCCGCCAACAACAAGCAAACGUUCAACCUUCCGCCGGUAGCAUGAGCGUUUCCGGUUCGAUCCAACGCAAGAGUAUUUCAAACUUGAAUGACAGUGCAAUGUAUUCAACCACGAAUCGCACUAGUUACAGUUCGCUGCACCGCCGAGAGAAAGAAUCGGUCGAUUCAAGAAUGCAAAGCUAUCUAAAAACCUUGGAAUCGGGUCCAAUAAGUUCCACUACACGCACUAAACUGCAGCCAUGCCCGCCUCCGAAAUUAACGGCUUCCAGCGUUAUGACCAGUAGUAGUGCAAUCGGUCAGCAUUCCAGCAGCACACAACAAUCCAAGACUCUGCGUGACUAUCAUGCCGUUGUGAAUAUGAGCAAGAGUUCCACAAAAGCCAAUGCCUCGAGCAUUUCCUUCGGAGAGGAUAAUAAGUUCCAUGGCACUAGCUCGUACAAGAUGCAGUACGUACAGCAGAACGACGGACGAUGCCCAGCUCACGCCAUCAACGAUAGUCUGAAAGUCUCAAAGGUCACGAAGCAGCACACUUAUUAUCGCAGAUGAUCGCCACAUAACAAAGCUACAGGAACAACAUUUCAUAUAUAUUGCAAUUGAAAAAGUGCUUGUUUUUAAUCUCUUUAUAAAGCGUAUGGACACAAUAUAUACAAUAGUGUUCCUUGAAUCCAAUUUUAAAACAGUUGUUAUUGCUUUGCUUACUGAAUAAAUUUCAAAUAUAU